AUGGUGAACAGUGCCAAUAAUGAAAAAAUUGAUUCUCUUACGCGUGAUCUCACAUUGAUGCAAGAACGUUAUCAAAAACUACUUGAUGCACAUGGACAUUUACAAAUGCAAAAUAGUUUAUUAGAAGAACGAAUUCUAUCGAUUGCUGAAAUAUUUUCCGAUGAAAAAUUUCAAUUAGAACAAGAAUUAAUUGAUGCUAAACAAGAAAUUUCGAAUUUUAAAGAUACAAUUAAUGAAUUAACAAUUGAAAAACAACGAUAUAAAGAUGAUUGUAAUCUAGCUGUUAGUCUUUUACAUCAAAAUCCACAUGAAUUCAGUUCUACAACAUCAGAAGAUAUCCAGAAACAAUUGAACGUUAAAAGCGAAUUAAUACCUACAAGUCAACAUUUGCAAUCACCUCAUAGUAUAGUAAUACCUACUUUUCCGCCGAGUUUCGCUACGACACUUCAAUGGCUGAAUGCAACGAACUGUGCAUUGUCAGCUGAUAAUCACAGUGCAACAAUAGCAGCUAUGGAUAAUCUUCAGCUCGCUGAAACACUAUUUAAAUCAAAUAAUGUUCAUCGCUAUCCGUCUACUCAGUUUACUUGUGCCAAAUGCCAUCGAACCGUUAAAUGUUGUGAUAUAAGCGUUCAAACAUCUUUUGCUGAUGACAGUUCAACAUCUCGAAUAGAUGCUGUAUCACAUGCUUCACCCAAUAGCGAACAUUAUAUUGAUAGUGGAUGGGUCCCAUUUGAACCUCAUUGUUUACAUAUGAAAGUAAAAAAAUACCAAAUAGGAAAUAUUAGAAAAACACAUCAAGAUAUAGGAUUACGGGCUAAUUCAAUUCCGCAAAUGCAUCAUGUUUGA